AUGGCUGCUUCUUCAGCAGUAGCAAAAGAGCCAAGCCAGAGUCUUGCCCUCUUCUUGGGCUCUCUGAUCUCAGCCACCCAUUUGCCCCACGUCCUUUGCCUGACUCCACGGUACCGACAAAGAGCGUUUUGUGGACCGCCUUUACCACGAGCAGGACCCUUCUUCCAUUGUUUCAUUGAGGAUGGUUUCUCCAUUUGUACUGUUGCGGAGGAGGAGGAAGAAGAUUGA